CUGUAAUAGCGCUCUGAUAGAGAGGGUCUCGGAGAGAAAGCGCAUGGUGAUCAGGAGGAUUUCUGCAGAGCGCUGCCAGUAGGCUUAGUGAUUGUAUAGAUCAAGACAUUGCAGAGUGUAUAGAAAGAUACCAAGAUGCUGAAGAACUGCGGGAGAAAGUUGCUGUUGUCCCUGGUGGGCGCUACGUUGACCUGCCUGCUGGUGCUGGUGGUGGAUCAGCAGACUCAUCGUUCCGUAGAGGUCCAGGCUGGAGAAGAGUCUGAUGUUCCUGCCACCCCCUUGGUUCCCGGGUCAUCUCAACCCAAGACUACAGAGCAAGAAGCCAAUAGUCAGGACGUGGCCAAAGACCCCAGGUCCUUUUCUGCUUAUUUCAACAAGCUGACCAGGGUGAGAAGGGACAUCGACCAGGUGGCAACCCCUUCUACAGCAGAAGCGACCAAACCUAAAGUGGUGGAAGAGAUCGCAGCUCAAGACGUCUUCAUAGCUGUGAAGACCACCAAGAAGUUCCACCGGUCAAGGAUGGAUCUGCUGAUGGACACAUGGAUCUCCAGAAAUAAAGAGCAGACUUUUAUCUUCACGGAUGGAGAGGAUGAAGAGCUUCAAAAUAAGACAGGAAAUGUGAUCAGCACAAACUGCUCUGCCGCUCACAGCCGCCAGGCUCUCUCCUGCAAAAUGGCCGUGGAGUAUGACAAGUUCAUAGAGUCUAACAUGAAGUGGUUCUGCCAUGUCGAUGACGAUAACUACGUUAACAUCCAAACUCUGGUGAAACUCCUUUCUCGCUUUUCCCACACCGAUGACAUUUAUAUUGGGAAGCCCAGCUUAGACCGUCCCAUUCAGGCAACUGAGCGGAUCAGCGAGAAUCAAAUGCGUCCGGUCAAUUUCUGGUUUGCCACUGGAGGUGCCGGCUUCUGCAUUAGCCGUGGGCUUGCACUGAAAAUGAGUCCUUGGGCAAGUGGAGGAAAUUUCAUGAACACUGCCGAAAAGAUACGUCUUCCUGAUGACUGUACGAUUGGUUACAUCAUCGAGUCUGUCCUGGGGGUGAAGUUAAUCCGCAGUAACCUCUUCCAUUCCCACUUGGAGAAUUUGCACCAAGUUCCUCAAAGUGAAAUUCACAAUCAGGUCACAUUAAGUUAUGGAAUGUUUGAAAACAAGACAAACGCCAUUCUGAUGAAGGGAGCAUUUUCUGUUGAAGAAGAUCCUUCACGGUUCCGAUCUAUUCACUGCCUGCUAUAUCCAGAUACUCCCUGGUGCCCGCAGACUAAAACUUAUUAGAAGACUUCACAUCUUCUGAAAACCUCGUCCCAAGUUUCCCUGGUAUCCAAAGGGCUUGUGGGACCUGUACGUCGUUCUUGCUGUGAUCGUCACGUGAUUUUGUUAUUUUUUUUUAUUUUUAAUGCUGUGCGUAACACACAGCGUUUUUGGUCCAUAGGCUGCUGUGCGGCCGAUUUUUUUUAAUUUUUUUGCUCUUUCGCUCUGCCUGCGUAGAAGGUGGGAUUGUGCUUCUACAGAGCAGUGGCUUCUCCUCCCGUGGCAGAUGGAGAUGGGACUUCCUGGAAGAGAGACUGAAUAUUGAAGCUCUUACGGUCCCUUUAGGGCCACAUUGCUCAUCGAUAGCUUAAAUGCUCUUUUUAUAUCUAUGUAUGUUUGUAUGUAUAUGUGUGUGUAUAUAUUUUUGUAUAUACAUACAUAUAUGCUUAGCAGUGUCUGCAAUUCUCAUAGAAUGUAAGCUGAGGACCUGCGUGCUAAAAUUACUGCCUAUCUUUGUUGUGUGCUACCCAUAGCUACAUUUAUCUGUGCUGAUUUUAACCCUUUGGGUGCCCACUAUUUCUAUAGCACUUAAAGGGUUAAAUGAAAAUGCACCCCCCUCCCCAACAAGGGCAAGAAGAGGGUUUUAACCCAACGAGGGGAUUAAUAAUUGAAAUCAGGGAUAUUUUUUGCAUCCUGAUUUCAAUUAUGCACAAAAAAAACCCUGAUACUAUUAGAAAUAUAAAAAACAAAUAACGGGAGAGAACAUCCGUUGCAAAAAAUUUACAAAAUAUCUAUUUUUCCUGCCUAUGGAAGACAAGACUUUGGUCUUAAAAAUGUAUUCUCCGUCUUUACUGCCAAGGCUCUCUAGACUCCGGAUUGGCAUCCAGAUGAAGGCUUCAUCGCUCUCUCCCGUUUUUUUUUAAAAAAUAUUGUUAACCGUUAAUUUACCGCUUGCAUAGGGGGAUACGGUUCAAUAUAACCACUGUUUGCUUGGUAUAAAAAAAAAAAUGAAACAAACUUAAUAUAUGUAAUCUACCAGAAAACAGGGAAACUGUAUUUCUCUGGGGUGGCAUUAUUCCAUCCUUUUGGGGGGGGUAAUGCCUUUUCUGGCCCCCCACUGAUAGUAAGCUUUUUAAAGUAUUUGCCGCACUUUGAUAUACAAAGCUACUGUGUGUAUGCGAUUUAAUUCCGAGCUGGGCUCUUUAACAGCACCUUUUUGUUGCCUGCCCUGAAAGAGGUGACGACAAUGGUUCAGAGACUAUAAUUCUCUUGCUAACAAGCCUCCGAUUCUCUCUGGCAGAGAAUGUGUCAAUUGGGGGGGGGGGUGACUUUGAAAUUCAGAUUCGCUAAAUUAUACCGAAACAGAAGCCUUUGAUGCUUAAAAAAUAUAAAAAAAAAUCACCUCUUUCAGUGGAAAAAAAAAAAAAUAAAUCUGUAGAAAAUGUGGGUUUUUUGUUAAAAAAUACUAUACCUGUUGGUUCACCUUUCCACUCUGGAAAUAAUACAGGAAUAUAGUUAAUUUUUUUUUCUAAUUUUUAAUUAAAAAUUGUAAUUCUUAUUAUUAUUUUCAGCACUUGUUCGACUGACCAAAAUAGCAUAACCCACAUUUUCUUACAGAAGUUGGCAACUUCAAGGUGACACUUAAUCAGGGUUAUAGAAUAAUUUGCCCAUAAUGGGCAUGUCUGUAAAUAGUUUAAAGAAACAGUAUUUAUUACUGUGCGUAAUAUAAGAACAAAUUUUCUUUAUGCAUAUGAUUUUAUUUUCUGUGGAUCAGAAAACGUACUGCCGAUGAAUUAAGAAUUGUUAUACGUUUUUAAAAGAGUUUGUAUUUUAUUGCCCCAGUAUCUGGGGUUUUAUUGAUAUAUAUAUAUAUAUAUAUAUAUAUAAUUUGAUGGAUUUUUAUGUCUAAAUGGAUAAUUAACAAUUGUGCUCAGGGAAUUAUACCUGGUGUCAGGGUGAUUCUGUGGUCUAUUAUGGCUUAAAAAAAUAAAGCAUUUUCUUUUUGCUGAAA